CCCCGUCGGUCGGUCCCGCGAGGCGCGAAGUCAAACCCCCCCGCCGCCGCCCGCGAGCCGAGAGGAUUUCGGUCGCCGGAGCCACCGCGCUCGACGGUCGAAGAAGAUGGCGGACAGAUUCUUCCCCAACACCAUGCCGGACUUCGCGGCGGCGGCGACGUCUCUCGAAGGAGGCGGCGAUGGAGGGACGGUCUCUGCUCCCGGAGAUUCUUCCUCCCUCGCGAAGCUCCUCGCCAUGCCUCACCCGGUCCUCUCCGAGAAUUUCAAGCGCGCUGCUCUCGACCUCAAGGAAACCAUAGCCGUGGAGACGUGGGGUGUCACGAGGCAACGCGUGCGGGACUUUACUCUGUACUGCGGUCCUCUGGGAACUGCUUUCUUGCUCUUCAAAUCGUAUCAGAUCACGAACAACUCCAAUGAUCUCGCACUCUGCUCCCAGAUUAUCAGAGCUUGUGACUCUGCUUCUGCUGGAUCCAGGGAUGUGACGUUUAUGUGUGGGAGGGCCGGUGUCUGUGCUCUUGGUGCGGUUGUGGCAAAGUAUGCAGGCGAUACUCGCUCUCUCACUCAUUAUCUAAACCGCUUUAAAGAGAUUAAGUUGUCCAAGAGUAUUCCAGAUGAGUUGUUGUAUGGGCGAGCGGGAUUUCUAUGGGCCUGCUUGUUCUUAAACAAGCACAUUGGCGAGGGGACUGCUCCUUCAUCGACCAUGCGUGCUGUGGCAGAUGAAAUAUUCAAAAACGGGAGAGCAUUGGCUAAGAGAGGAGGAGAGUCCCCACUGAUGUUUGAAUGGUACGGCGAAAAGUACUGGGGUGCUGCCCAUGGAUUGGCUGGCAUAAUGCAUGUUUUAAUGCAUAUGGAAUUGAAACCAGAUGAGAUGGAAGAUGUCAAGGGCACUCUCAAAUACAUGAUUAGAAAUAGAUUUCCUAGUGGAAACUAUCCUUCCAGUGAGGAUGAUAGAAACAGGGACGUUCUUGUGCAUUGGUGUCAUGGAGCCCCUGGGAUUGCCCUCACAUUAGUAAAAGCUGCUGAGGUCUUUCCAGAUGACGAAUUCUUACGUGCUGCAGUCGAUGCUGCGGAGGUAGUGUGGAAUAGAGGGCUGUUAAGGAGAGUCGGUAUAUGCCAUGGGAUAAGUGGGAAUGCAUACGUGUUUCUCUCGCUCUACCGUGUCACAGGCAACGUGGAGUUCUUGUACAGGGCAAAAGCAUUUGCUUGCUUUCUUCUCGAUAGGGCUCUCAAGCUUAUUUCCACUGGAGAGAUGCAUGGAGGUGAUAACCCCUACUCCCUCUUUGAAGGGAUUGGAGGUAUGGCUUCUCUCUUUCUAGACAUGGUAGAACCCUCAGCGGCCAGGUUUCCAGCUUAUGAACUUUAAAAAAUGGGGAAUAGAUGGAAAGAAAAGAAGGGUAAGGUGAGAUCAUGCUUGUGGUGGAGUUGAUCGAAUAAAUGUUGAUUACAAGUUUUAUUUAUAUGUGACUAAUGUAUGUACGAGAAUAACUAGCGGCAUCAUUGUCUGCCCUCCACAUCCUCUCACGCAGGCUUCUGUAUCUUAGAUUUCAUCUUGAUGUACACUGCUUGUUUCAUUAUAAAUAAGGGCAUUUCUCAUUAUAUCGUGAAGUGCAUAGUUUAGUUUUAAA